CGUAGCUCACUCUUGUACAGAGCAAAAACUAAAACACAAAAAUCAAGAGGCGUGCCCAACGACGAAAACCAUCCAGUCCUAUUUUCUCGGAGAAGGAAGUUAUACUGUCCGAAUGGAAAGAACAGACCAUUAAAAGGAUAUUAAGAAAAAACACCAUUCAAGUAACCAUGGCCACACUACCAAGCAGGCGUUUCUGUCUGUUGGCUUCGGCGAUUGUGCUGUUCAUCCUGGAGGCUGAGGGCUGUCGUGUUGGCAACUGGUCCGAGUGUGAAAAGGUUCCCUUCGUCCCGGGUCACAACCUGGCCGGUGAAGGUUUUGACGUUGUGCGGAUGCGUCGAACCGGGGCGUACGUCAUCAACGUCAAAGCUUACCUGAGCGCCAAUCGCACCUGCACGCUCUGUCCCAAUCGAUUCCACGCCGGACAGGUGGAGAAGCUCCCGGCGGCAGUGUUGGACUGGCGCCCUUUCAGUCGCUGCAGCAAGCAGCUCUCCGGCGCCCUGCAUCACUCAGUGGACUCCCUGAUUAAGAGCUCCAGCUCCAUGGUUAAAAAUAACUGGGGCGUAGGUCUGAGCCUGGAGGAUGUGGGCAAGGCCGUGCUUGGCGGUAGCCGCUCAGAAAUGGCCAAGUUCGCCCAUUCGCAGCACAGUGUGGACAAGGCCACGUUCGCUAUCCACGAGAUCAGCUGCACCUACUACAGCUACAGACUUGCUGACCACCCUCAGCUCAGCACCGAGUUCUCCAAACAUCUGAGACGCCUCCCGCAGAGCUCUGGUUCCCCAAAGAACAGAGCACUGUACAGACGACUUAUAGACACCUACGGAACACACUAUAUACACCAGGUGCAACUCGGUGGUACAGUAAGGAGAGUCACAGCCUUCAGGACCUGCCUGGCAACAUUGAAGGGUUUCUCAGAGUCUGAGAUCAAGAACUGCCUGAAUAUUGAACUGAAGAUGUCCCUGGGUUUCCUGCCCGCCAACACCUCCUUCUCCAACAAAUGUGAUGCCCUCAUCAAGGGCAAUGUGAGCAUGGGCUUCUACCAAGGAUUCAUGACCCACAAGAUCGAAGUCAUUGGUGGAGAGAGGUAUUUCCCAGACAUCCUCUAUGACCAAGAUCCAUCAGAGUCCUACCAUAGCUGGAUGAACAGCCUUCAUGACAAUCCUGAUGUGGUUUCCUAUGCCAUCUUCCCUCUGCACCAUCUGGUGGAAGACCCAGAGGUCAAGGAGAACCUCAAGAGUAUGGUCACGGAAUACAUCAAGGAGAACCGGCUUAAGGAAGAACACCUGGGUUCUAAGAACUGUUCCCCGAACCCCAACCUGGACCACAACUGCUGCCCGCUUCGUGCAGGAAGGGGGACGCUGAAGUUGGAGAUUCACCGAGCUGCAGGUCUAAGGGCGGACACAUUCACAAAGACCGACGCCUACGUGAAGAUCUUCUACAAUGACAUGUAUGAGGAGACGGCGACGGUGAUGGACGACAAUGACCCCGUGUGGAACGCCACAUACAACUUUGGCUCUGUCGAGAUGGGCAAUCAGCUGCGGUUCGAGGUGUGGGACAGGGAUGUGCUCUAUAAUGACCUUGCAGGGAGAUGCGUGGUCUUCCCAGAGCGAGGGACUCACUCUCUGAGCUGCCAACUAAACAAAGGAGUUCUGUAUUUCACCUACAGUUCAACGUGUGAUCCCCACCUUAUCGGCUACAGGUGUGGACGGUACUCGCCGAAUGCAGAGUAGAUUAAUGUACUCGUACUUCUAUAAAUCAAUGCGAUUAUUUGUAUAUUAUAUAUAUAUAUAUGAAUAACAUUUCCAGUGGACCAUUUGACCUGGCAGAUUUUAGCAGAUGUUUUUUAGCAGUUAACUGACGUCAGGAUGUUACUAGCUACCUCAGAUCAUUUCUCAGAAUAGGAUUUUCCGUGGAAUCCAACCCGAUUUUAACUAAAUCCAAAUAUUUUAGAAAAAUAAUGAGUGAUGACUAACUAAACUAUUACUUUUUUAACUUAAUAUAACCAGCAGUCGAUAUGCAUAAAAGAACAGACAUGAAAAAUAGUGGGGAAAAUCCUAAAUACACCAAGUUAAAUAUGUGUAAGAGGAUAAGAGGGUUAAACAAGAGAUUGAAAAGAGGUUAUUCAUGCUCUACGUCAAAAAAGAAACGGCUACCAAAGACAAAUCAUUCUGAUAUUCCAUGUGUUUUUCAUUAUUAAAUAUGAACAAGAACAUACAAAAAGAUACAAAUGACGUGAUAAAAGUCUUAACAACACAGUUGAACAGAUACAGCACAGUAGCUAAUCCUACAGUACAUGAAACACCACAGCCUCCCCCUCUCCUCAGACAGCUGCUGCCCCGGGUACCCGGGGGAGAGACAGCAGAACCCAAGUCAGGUGACAGCAGAACUUAAGUCAGUUACCUCCAAACACUCCAUUGCCCAAAUGGUUAACAAAGCUUACGAUCAUUUGAAUUCUUUAUUGGCCCUUAGUCUACAUUUUCAUUCUUUCAGUUGCGUCAUUGUUGAAACAGCGAGACCCUAUUGGUGGAUUUGACACACCUUUAGCUUCCUGAUACCGCAGGUACGAUAAACUAUCCCCAUCAUAACAAUCGUUUUGAUUUGGAGUUUGACAUUUAUAUUGAGCCGCUUGUUAUACUUUAGAAUGAGAUAAGAAGUUUAUAUCAAAACCAUAAAAUAUGUUCAAUAUAGUCCAAUAUAUGCUAACAGUGUGUUGGCCAUCUGGCCAGAUCUCAAAUGGCACAAAUGUAAAAAGCCUUACAGUUUGCAGAUAAAUUGGCCAUCUUCAU